AUCGCUAAAUUAUUAAAUAGUGAAUCCCAACACUGAACAAGAAAUUCGUCGAAAUAUUUACAAAUUGGCAGCAUUACCAUCAAUAAAUUAACUUCUGCAGUAAUAAAAUUGUUGUUUUCUGUGAAAAACAAUAAAUUAUAUUGAAUAGUUUUUUUAUAUACAAGGAUGAUAUGCCGGCUUUGUUUAAAAGAAGCCGAUUGUUGUCUGGAAAUUUUCGAUGUUAAUGGCGAACAAUUAGGAAUAGCAGAAAUACUAAAGAGACACUUUUGGUUUCAGCCUCUACCCAGUGACACCAUAUCCACAGUGAUAUGCCGUAUUUGCUGGUUAAAAGUAAGUGAUUUCCAUCAAUUCUACUUGACUGUGGAGCAAGCACAUUCCUUACUGAACGGCAUCGAUGUGAAGCACGAGACUGUAACAAUGGUGAUAAAUACGGUGGACUUUGUCCAAGAAUCCAUACAAAUUAAGGAAGAAAGUUUGGAAUUUUUACAUAAUGCCGAACAAAUUGAGGAAGUUGUUAACCCUUUGUAUGAAGCGGAAAUGGAUACCAGUAAGAAUGAGGAUUCGGAAAAUGAAGUAAAGCUGGAUGAAGUUAAAGAGGAAACCAUUGUCACUAAGCCAGAUAGCGAGAAAACUACAGAUAAUAGUAAAGUAACAAGUGCAAAACGGAAAUAUGUGCGAAAGAAAACAAAUGCACCAAAGAAAGUGGCCAAAAAAGAAGUGGAAGAAGAUGAUAAGGACAGUGAAGAGGAUGAUUAUGAACCAGAAAAGCCGAGGCGUGUUAAAGUUAUAACAUCAUCCCCGCAAGAUGAUGAAAUGGUGAAAAAACAUAUUCCGAUGGGUUGUGAUCUUUGUACGUUUGUGGGUGAAGAUUAUAUCGACAUGUCUAAACACUUCCGUUUACAGCAUCCGAAUAUUAAACCAUACAUUCGCUGUUGCAACAGGAAAUUAAACAAGCGUUUUAAAGUAGUACAACAUGCUUAUAAGCAUGAGGACCCAGAAUUUUUUAAGUGUCAGGAUUGUCAAAAAGUGUUCGCUGAUCGAUACACUUUAAAGUAUCACAGAAACGCCGCACAUGCACCAGAAGAAGACCUUCAUUUCGCUUGUGACCAAUGUCCAAAGAAAUUUGCACGCAAAUAUUUAUUAGAAUUGCAUGUCCCCUCGCAUGUACCAAUGGAAGAGCGUUCUUUCAUAUGUGAUCAAUGUCCGAAUAGUCGAUUUGCUAGCAAUCAUCUGUUGAAAAUUCACAUCAGCAUGCGUCAUCGUCGUGCAACGAACGUUUGCCAUGUAUGCGCUAAAGAGAUAAGAGAUAGGGCAUCAUUUGAGAAACACGUACGUUUGCACUUCGAAGAUAGUGGGCCCCGUGUUAAAUGUCCACGACCCGAUUGUGAUAGUUGGCUCAAGGAUGAAGAAAAUUUGCGACAACAUAUGCGUCGACACAAUGACGAAGGUUUGACGUUUAAAUGUGAAGAAUGUGGACGUACUUGCAAAAAUCGUCGUGCUCUUCGUAGUCAUAUACUAUAUGUACACUCAAAGGAAGUCUUCACUUGUGAAGAAUGUAAUAAAACAUUCAAAAAAGCCAUAACAUUGAGGGAACAUAUGGCUCAACAUACUGGAGAAAGUCUUUACAAAUGCCCAUUCUGUACGCGCACCUUCAACUCAAACGCCAAUAUGCAUUCGCAUAAGAAAAAAAUGCACCCAGCAGAGUGGGAUAUUUGGCGUAAAACUAAACAGGGAAGUUCACAGCGGUUGAUAAGCAAGCAACAAACCUCUUUAUAAGAGGAAACUUAUUUAGCAUAGCUACUGGAAUUGUUUAUAUUGCUUUUUGGCCGAGUUCUUAGCUUUAAAUAAUAGUGUAUUGGUUAAUUUUUCUAAACAAAUUUCAAUUAUACUUGUGUAUGUAUAUAUGUACAUAUAUUUGAAACAUU